CAACAGAUAAACCAACUCACGAGAAUUGGCCUUAUUUAUAAAAAUAAAAAAAAAUAAAUUUAGUGUAUAUAAAGUAACACAUUUGAAAGGAUGAGGAAAUUUAGUUUUAACAAUGAAGGUUUUAGUUGUGUUGGUUUUUAUUUUAGUUUCUGAGGUUUUGUCUGUAAGUAUUUCUAACAGACUACAGACUCCAUUACCUAAAGCUUCUAGUCUCAACUAUGAUCCAAAUCUGUCCAAUAUACUUAAAAAUAUUCAAAAUAUGGACGGAAUUGUUGAAAAUUUUACGACAAAUAUUUUAAGAAGCCACUACCGCAGUUUAAAUCAAAAUUUAACUGACCUAGAUCGACGUCUAGCUGCCACUACAAACGAAGACAUCAUCGGCAGAUGCGUUUCUCGUUUACAAUUCUCCCGGUCCAUUAAAGCCAUUGUUAACGAACAAAUUAAAAAGUGCGCUACCAUUGUUUUGGCUGAAUACCAAAACGUAAUCACAAACAGUUUAAAUAUGGCGCAGGUGUUUAUGAAAUUUUCAACUAUUGUCUGGACAGACAUCCAACGAUGUGGCUUGAAUGAUACGUGCAGAUGGAGUAUUGUUUUAGACGCUAUUAACGAGGCUGGGCAGAUCCCACCUAAAGUAUACUCUUUGACAGCAAAAAUUCAAAGUUUGGUAUUAAAAACCAUCACCUCCAUUGACUACUGCGCAGUGAAUGGCCUAAAAGAGAUUACUAAAUCUGGUUUGGACUUAGCUGAAGGUGUGUUCCUUUGCAUAGCAAGCGAAGCAACGCAGAACAAUGAUUGUGUACCAAUGGCGAAUAAUACUUUAACGCCAAAGUAAAUAAUGUGUAUAUUACAUUAUGAGGUUUGACUAUAAGUUGCAAUGACUUUUGUGUGAUUAUAUUAUAUUCUAACUAUAUGAUGAUUCUAUUAUAACUAUAUUUUUUAUUAGAUUUUAGGAUAAAAAAAAA